AUGAAAUCUAGUAUGGAGAAUAAAGAGCAACAACAAACAUCUCAAGAUGGAUACAUUAUUCCAGGAGAUACCAGUAUUCCACUUCCAGAUCCAGCUCAAGAGGAACAACAACAAUCACCUGAUCAAAAUGAAGUUAGAAAUAUUCCAUUGGUUUCAGAUGCUCAACAUCAAGAUAUCAAUAUCAGCUUAAAGACACCAGUUGAAUUGGGAACAAUCAAAUUGACAAUUUCAGAUACAGAUUCGAUUGGAGAUAUUCACAAGUUUUUACAAGAGACUACAGAGACAUGUUUGUUGACAUCGUAUCACUUGGAGGUCGAGGGUAUUCCAAAGAAAUUGAAUGAGUUUGCCGAUGUCAAAUUCUACUCUGAGAUUACCAGUGGAGCAACUCUUGUAAUGAAGAAGGCACCUUACAACGAGCGUUCUGCAAAUCUCCACGUAAACAGAUUGAAGAGUAUCAUCAGCUCUGGCGAGUGGGAAACACACCCAACCAACCCAUCACUCUUUUCACUAUAUUCAUUCACCGAUGAAAAUCCAAUUGAAGACCAACAACAACAACAACAAAUUGAGAAUAACAACAAUAACAACAAUAGUAACAACAAAUUGAAUGUUCAAAACAAGAGUAAAUCAAAGAAAUCGAAAUCAACUUCAAAGAAGUCAUCAAAGAAGGAUUUGGAGUUGGCAGAGCGUAAGAAAGAGGUUGUCCAAGUGGACGCCACACAAAAGGCAUUGCUCUCCAACUACUAUCCAACCAACUUUAACAAGCCAAUCGUUGUUUUGCGUCGUAUCGAUCGUUCUGGUUGGGCACCGGUUCCAGGCUAUCGUGCGUUGCUUGGCGAUCUCUUUUACAUGGAGGUAGAGUUGGUCGAUAUUCGUGAAACACUCUUUAUCACCGCCAACGUCAUUGGAUUCUUUAUCAACCAAUCGACCAUCAAUACAUUCAAUCCAGCCGUCUCUUCAAAGUACGGCGCCACGCACCACAAUCUCUAUGAGUUGCUCUCCCAAUACAGUCCGAUUUUCGCACGUGGACUCAAGUCGUUGCUCAAGCGUAUCAGUCGUCGUAACUCGUACGAGAUGAUCCCCAACUCGAUUCCAGUCAACACCUGGACAUUGAAGCAAAACAGAAGUUUCCACUACAACAUCGCUGCCGCCAGCGAGUCGAAUAUCGACGUCCACGAUCCAGAGAUGAGAGGACAACCACGUGACUGGAACGAAGAGUUCCAAGCACUACGUGAACUUCCACGUGGAUCGAUUAGCGAGCGUAUCUUGAGAGAUCGUGCAUUCUACCGUGUCAACUCUGACUUUGUUGAGUCGGCCAUCCGUGGUGCCAAGUUGGUCGUCUCCAAGACGAUUCCACCCAUCAAUCCACUCGAGCCAGAGAAAGCUCACAUGUUUGUCUAUCACAAUAUCUUCUUGUCGUUCACUUUGGACACUCGUGACUACUAUGUCAACUGCGGAGGUGACGCCGGUGCUCGUGUUGCCGCCAACAACGAUCUCAAGGGUGUCAAGUUGUUCAACUUGAUCGACAUCGAUGGAAUCUCCACCAUUUGCACUGCCAUCAUCGACUAUCGUGGUCACCGUAUCUUGGCUCAAAGUUUGGUGCCAGGUAUCCUCUCGAAUGAACGUACCUCCGACGUCAAGUACGGUUCGAUGGACAACGGUCAAACCAUCAAGGCCGACCCAGAGUUCAGUGAGAAACUCGCUAAACUCUCAUCGAUGUUGCAUUUGGCCGAACGUGAAGUCAUUCCAGGUGAUGCAUUGUCCGAUCCAGUCAAGAUCUCCACCUCCUACGAUUCCAAGGGUAUCGUUGGUCUCGACGGUCGUAAGUAUAUUCUCGACAUUAUGCGUGCAACUCCACGUGAUCCAAACUACAAGGACGAUAAGCACAUGUUGUGUUUGUUGCGUCCAGAACUCAUUGCCAGCUACACCGAGUUUGUUCGUAGCCAAUGGGAGCAAAAGAUCAAGGCUGAGAAAGAGUCGAAGCGUAAACAAGAGGAAAAGACCGACGCCUUUGCCACCCAAGAGGAUGGAUCGCAAACCGACGAGUCUGAAAAGACUGAGACUGCCGUAGCCGAGACUGCCAACGAACAACCACCACACAUCUUGUUCAAUGCCAAUCUCUUGGGUGCUUCCAACUCGAUCUGCCGUCUCAAGGGAACACCAGAGGAGUUGAAGGCCGACAUGGAAACACUCGAGGCUGCCGGUAACUUCCUCAAGGAAACAAUGAUUGGAAACUUGAUUGACGACUUUAAGUUGUUCAAUUUGACACCGGUCGACGGACAAACUUUGACACAGGCGAUGCACUCACGUGGUAUCAACAUGCGUUAUCUCGGACACAUUGCCAAGCUCUGCGACGGCAUUCCAUUCGCCAAGGAGGUAUGCUUCAAUGAGAUGGUGAGCAGAGCCACCAAGCAUAUUUUCAGCAACAUCUUGCGUGCCGCUCCACAAGCAGAACUCUCGGUUGUCGCUUGUCAAUUCCUCAACUGUUUCCUCGGUACCCAAACCAUCGGCGCCGACACCAACAACAGUAUCAAAUUGAAGCUCACUUCCGUCCAACUCUGGGACCAAAUCUACGAUUUGAUCAAGGAGAAAUACGACUAUGAGAUUAAAGUUCGUUCCGUUCCAUUGGAGUGCCGUAUCAACGUGUUGAGAUCGAUCUGUUUGAAGGUCGGUUUGCAAAUCAACUCUAAAGACUACGACUUCACCAAGGACGAGCCAUUCGUCAUCGACGACAUUGUCGAUAUGGUAUGUGUUGUCAAGCAUCUUGGUCCACGUUCAUCGGACGCCAUCGAGUUGCUCGAGGGUGGAAAAGCACUUCUUGCCAAGCGUGAAUUCGAAAAAGCUAGCAACUACCUCGUGGAAUCACUGGCGUUCUGUCAACAAGUCCACGGACCCAUCCACACCGACACUGCCAAUUGCUUCAGCAGCUUGGCAAUGGUCGCCUUCUACACAAAAGAAUACAACGACGCCAUUGAAUACCAAAAGAAUGCAUUGAUUAUCACAGAGAAGACAUUGGGUGUUGACCAUCAUGACACCAUCCACUCCUACACCAACUUGGCUUUGUUCUGUCAGCGUGCCGAUCGCUUCACAGAGGCUAUGGGAUACCUCAAGCAUGUUAUCUAUCUCAACGACUUGCUUGGAUCCGACUACAACCCCGAGCGUUCCUCCAUCUACACCAGUGCAGCAAUCAUCCUCCAAGAUUUGAAGGAAUUCGACUGUGCCAUCGACUACUUGAAGAAGUGCAUCGAGAACCACAAGCAUCUCUUUGGUGAGGAUCACUUGGUUAGUUCAUCGACACUCCAAUCGAUCGCUCAGAUCUACGCGGAAAUGAAGAACUUCACCGAAGCCGAGAAGUACCAGAAGCACUCGACCGCCAUUCUCACCCGUUACCUCGGUGCCAACCAUCCACGUACCAUCGAGUCGAUGCGUCUCACCGCACUCUGGGUCGACGAAAUGAAGAAAGAAAAAGAGUCUGAGAAGAAAUCAAAGUCAACAUCGAACCAACAACAACAACUAAAACAAAACAAACAACAACUUAACAACAUGAAACUCAACAACAUGUCAAACGUUCCAAAAGAUUUAGAAGGUCAAGUCAAAUGGUUUAAUCAAGAUGACUCCAAGAAAGGGAAGAAGAAAUAA